GUCCCAGUAUGUGUCACUUUUUCUCUAUCUAUGUUGGUCACACUUCAAUCUUUUUCGCUUUUGUCUUUCUUUGUCUCUCUCUAAUUGAUGGUUAGGAUUAAUUAAUGAAUUAAACUAGUUAAUUAUUAAUUGAUAUACUACCUUCCUCCUCCUCCUCUGUUCACAUCACAACCAACACAUGAAGUGUGAGCUUAUGAAGAAGAAAUGCGAGAAAGAAAGAACGAACGAUCUUACACUUCUUAAGUCCAACUAGCUUUAGCUGUUACAGACCAGUAGCUGAGUGAGUGAGUGAGUGUAACAAACAAACAACAGCCCGCCAUGGGGUCCGAGCAAAAUCGAUUUCCUCAGCAUGAAAGGAGAAAGAGAUGGGGAGGAUGUUUGGGUGCAUUUUCUUGUUUUGGUUCACAGAAAGGUGGGAAGCGCAUUGUACCUGCAUCCCGGAUUCCUGAUAAUAAUGGUUCAGCCAGUCAGCCAAAUGGACCCCAAGUGACUGGCUUGACCAAUCAAGCCACAGGUCUAGCUCCUUCUCUCUUAGCUCCACCCUCUUCACCAGCAUCCUUCACACAUUCUGCCAUUCCUUCCACGGCUCAAUCUCCCAGUUGUUUCUUGUCAUUAUCUGCAAACUCACCUGGCGGUCCUUCAAAUACAAUGUUUGCAACUGGUCCAUAUGCUCACGAAACACAACUCGUGUCUCCUCCAGUCUUCUCAAAUUUCACUACGGAACCAUCUACUGCUCCUCUCACUCCCCCCCCAGAGUUGGCUCACGUAACAACUCCCUCUUCCCCAGAUGUACCUUUUGCUCAUUUUCUAACAUCUUCAGCAAAUCUCAAAAACAAUGGCAAGAGUAAUUACAUCACUGCAAAUGAUCUUCAAACUACAUAUUCACUCUACCCUGGAAGUCCUGCUAGUAGCCUUAUAUCUCCAAUAUCAAGGAACAAUGGUGACUGUCUAUCAACCUCUUUCCCUGAACGCGAGUUUCGCCCACAGUGGGAUUCAUCACUGUAUCCCGAAAAUGGAAAAUACCAGAGGACUGGGUCUGGGAGGGUUUCUGGGCAUGACACAAAUGAUGUAACUGGGGCAUCCCUCCAAGAUACAAAUUUCUUUUGCCCUGCUACCUAUGCACAGUUCUAUUUAGACCAAAACCCUCCAUUCCCUCACAAUGGUGGGAGAUUAAGUGUUUCAAAAGAUUCAGAUGCUCAAUCUACAGGUGGAAAUGGACAUCAGAGUAGAUCUUCUAGAAGUCCUAAGCAAGAUGUGGAAGAAACAGAAGCUUACCGAGCAUCCUUUGGUUUCAGUGCAGAUGAGAUUAUAACCACUAGUCAAUAUGUGGAAAUUUCUGAUGUAAUGGAUGAUUCCUUUACCAUGAUGCCUUUGACUGCUGGCAAAUCAAUGAUGGAAGAAAACAUAGAGCCUUCAUUGAUGAAAGGAUUCAAAGCUCAGGAGACACAGGUGGGUUUGCAGAAUCUAAAAUGCCUUCGAUUAGAUCCGGGUCCAGUUGGCAAGCAAGCAAAGAAUCAAGUCCCUAUAUGUGAUGGAUAUGAAGAUCAUAAAUCAUCUGGACAUUGUAGCAACAGCUCUGGAUUAAGUACACCUGAUAAUCAUACUCUCGUGGAUGAUGAAGAUAUAUUCUCUAAAAUUGGGUCAUCCAGAAUCUGUAGGAAAUAUCAGAUGGGGUUAUCAUGCUCCGAUGCAGAGGUUGACUAUAGGAAAUAUCAGAUGGGCAGAAGCUUACGAGAAAGAAAGGGAAUAUGAUUUGGCAUGACUUAGUUAAUCAGUGCUGAACACGAUUGUCUGUUAUAUGUGUAUUAAUUUGCAGUUUCCUUUUAUAUUAAAAAAACCAACAAAAGAAGGAAAGAAAGAAAGGAAGGAAACUCUUUACUUGGAGUUGUUUAAUAGAUGGAAUGAUCUAACCUAGAUAUAACCGACCCUGUCCCUCGUGUUUGACCAGAUCUUAUUGAUCCAUGAAUGUAGUGUCCCUAGUUUCUUCAAGCAGGGUUGAAGUUAAUGUUUUGACUUUUUUGAGUUGAUGAAGUUUGGCUUUAGCAAGGGCUAGUGAAUCUCCUGCUUUUGUUCUGUUCUUAUGCAACCGCUACUCUUUACAGUCCAUUGAUACCGUUAACUUAUUUCAACAACUUACUAUAUACAACUUGUGUUGUGUGUAUUGGGUAUGUUUGGAUUGGUGAUAUGAGAUAUUUUAAUGAUGCUUCAUUGGAUAUUAAAAAUUUAUGGAAUGGAAUGGAAACCAAUGUCAUCAUCCAUUUUAUCA